CACUCAAUACCACUUCCUUAAAACAACGAGAGAUCUGUUUGAAAUCGUUAGUGCUCAUCAACCAUGAAGAGAUCACUUGGCAGCUCAGAUUCUUUUGGAGCUUUCAUGUCCAUCUGUCCAACUACAGAUGAACAUGGUCCGAGAAACAACUAUAUAUACAGCAGGGAGUUCCAGUCGAUGUUCGACGGAUAUGAUGAAGAAGGGUGCCUGGAAGAAUCGGGGCAUGUGUUCGAAAAGAAGAGGAGAUUAAGUGUGGAUCAAGUUAAGGCGUUGGAGAAGAAUUUCGAGGUCGAAAACAAGAUCGAACCUGAGAGGAAAGUGAAACUAGCUCAAGAGCUGGGGUUGCAACCGAGACAAGUUGCUGUCUGGUUCCAAAACCGGCGUGCUAGGUGGAAGACCAAGCAAUUGGAAAGGGACUAUGGGCUUCUCAAAACCAGUUAUGAUACGCUCAAGGCUAAUUAUGAAGCUAUCCAACAUGACAAUGAAGCUCUUCUCAAGGAGAAAAGAGAGUUGCAGGCGAAGCAUAAUGGGGAGAGCACCGAGAGCAAUGUUUCAGUGAAAGAGGUGAUUGUGCCUGAAACUACUGAUGACAAAUCACUGGAACAAAGUGAACCCUCUUUGGCUACUUCAUCAGAGCCUGCAGAUCUCACCUACGAGAGCUUCAACAACAGCAAUGGAUCAGUUGGCUCGAAAGACGGGUCAUCGGACAGUGACUCGAGUGCUAUCUUGAAUGAAGACAUCAUCAUCAACAACAACAGUAGCCCCAACAACGCGGCUAUUUCUUCGUUGUUUAUAUCAUCGACAACGUCGUCUUCUUCACCAUCAUCCAUGGAUUGCUUCAAUCUCUCCAAAACAACCUUUCAACCCCACCAGUAUGUGAAGAUGGAAGAACACAAUUUCUUCAGUGAAGAUGAUGAAGCUUGCAAUUUCUUUUCGGAUGAGCAAGCUCCGAGUCUUCAUUGGUAUUGUCCUGAACAGUGGAGCUAAAGGCAAAAAACUCCAUGAAUGUAUUUCAAGGAAAGAAUGCAAGAAAAAGGCAAAAACGGAAGUUAAACUACUACCAUUCUAACCAAGAUCACGUUUUCCGGUGAAAAAAAUGGAAUUCGGAGAAGGAGAAAGAGAAGGGUUGACGAUGUGAUGGGAAAGGUGACAAACCCAGUAAAUGGAAAAUUCUCCUUAAUCCAUCAGUGGAAAGUGAAACUUCCUUUAUGGACAGACGUUGAACCAAAAUAAUAGUAAUAAACAUUAAUCAUCAUCA